AUGAGUGGAGAGAUACUGGAGAUAGAGAGGUCGGCUCUAGAAGAGUUGGAGCGGAUUGAGCAGGCCGUGACGGACCGGAUAGUGCAUAACCCGUGGAUUCUUCCGGAUACCCUUCAGCUGUCGACGAGCUCGUCAUUGAACGGGAAGAGGAAAAGACCAGUCAGGGAAACGACUUUGAGCCAGUUGGAGGUGGCCAAGUUUCUCGAGAGAUAUCAGGAACAAUGUAAAUACAUGAACUCGGUGAUUUCAGGAGUGAAGAGACGACGACAGAAGAAGGGCGAUGAAGUCGAUGCGACUGAUGGUGGAGCUCUGGUGCUAGCAGAUCAACACAUUAAAGAAGUUAAGGCAUUAGGAGAGUUUUCGGGAGCGUCUCAACAGCUUCUUGAUCAGUAUAGUAAAGAAGUCAGCUCGAUUAAAGAGUUUUAUAGAAAGUAUCCCAACCAGGAUGUGGACGAUUUGGCUGCGACGUAUGCUAUGGCUCGAACUCUGAAGAAGAGGAACUUGGCAAAUAAUAAUAAUAACGGUCUGGACAAAGAUGUUGAGCAGACAGACCAGUCCGUCGGUUUGACAGAUGGAGGUGUGCUAUCGACAUUUGCAGUGGCAGAAAAUGUUAGUGUGGAUACCGAAUUCUCGGGAGAAGAAUAUUACGGUCGGUUCGUGGACAUGGUCGGUCUGCAUGAACAGUUUUUGAACCUUCAUUUUGUACAACACCAGCUAUCAUAUACGCAAUAUCUGGACAAAAUGUCUGAUUUCUCAGACAAAUCUAUCUACAGCUCACAGCGACUCAACAGUUCACACUAUUUCGAGUACAUUGUCGAGCUACACAAGUAUCUCGAGACCUUUUUUCGGAAAACUCGGAUUUUGGCGCAUCCGGAAUCGAGUCUUGCUAGUAUCGAAUCGGAUUUCGACUCUCUCUGGCAGUCUCAAAAGUAUCCCAGCUGGAUCCGAGAAGAUAAAGAGUCGAGAAAUGGUGGUCAAAUCAAGGGUGAAGGCGAAGCUGGUGCUGGUGCUGGGAGCACAGAUGGCGAAUCAGGAUCCUCUGACCCGCUGUUCUGCGUGCCCUGUAACAAAAGAUUCACAAACGAAGCACUUUUUAAUAACCAUCUGCCAGGAAGAAAACACAAACGGAAUGCCGCUGCUGCUACUGCUGCCGCUGGUACUUCCAGUACAGACGGUUCAGGAGCGAAUAACUCCCCUAGCUCCAACAUCAGCGCUAAUAUCCCUAUUGGAGAAGACCUGAAAUUAAGAGCACUUGCCUCGCACGAGUACCAUAUCUACUGUCUGGCUGACCUGCUGGCCAAAGUCAUUACCGACACCAAAUCCAAUGUUGAACGACGACAGGCCCUUACCGACCGAGAACGACAGGCUGAAAUCGAAGCACUGGAACUAGAAGCGAAUGGAAAUGGGUAUUCUGACAACAGCGAUGCUGAAAACGACAAUAACAACAACAACGACGAUGACGAUAGUGAAGAUGAAGUGGUAUACAACCCACUGAAACUGCCAUUGGGCUGGGACGGUCGACCCAUUCCAUUCUGGCUGUAUAAAUACCAAGGUCUAGGAAUCGAGUUCGAUUGCGAAGUAUGUGGAAAUGCUUCCUAUGCCGGUCGCAAAGCAUUCGACAAACAUUUUCUGGAACCACGCCAUGUCCAUGGAUUGCGAUGUCUCGGUGUGCAACCCGGUCCACUUUUCAAAGGCAUCACUAAACUAGCCGACGUCAUGAGUCUCUGGGAAAAAAUCAAAAAAGACAACCGCCAAUUAGAAACCACAAACGAAGUGGCCGUCGAAAUGGAAGACGACGAGGGCAACGUCAUGUCCGAAAAAGUCUACAACGAGUAA